GCUCACCAGUCUGGUCUCAUCAUUGAAGAGAAGCAGUCGACCGGAGCCGAACCGAAGUGAUCGUCCGUGAACAGCAACCAUCGGAGAGUGCUUAUUCGCGGCUUAAGACGGGAGCAGUGAGAUGGUAUUCAACAGCGAAUAUGCUGCCGGAAGGGCGCUGAUGUUGGUGAUUGGUUUGCUAACAAUCGCAAGUCAAAGCGUGCUUUCUCUAGAGCUCGGCCAAUCGUGUGUUAAUCCGCGAGGUCAGCAGGGUAGCUGCAUUCAGUUCCCAGAGUGUCAACCGUUGCUAAGUAUUUAUAAUAAACGGACGCCAACGCCUGAGGAUAAGCAGUUUUUGCUCAACAGCCGGUGCGGCACCUAUAACACCAAAAUACUGGUUUGUUGUGUCGGUGCGACACAAGCACAGAAAUCCUCGUUGCCAGAGCCCCCAUAUUGUGGUUUACAGCUGUCGGACCGUGUGGUCGGUGGUCAGCCAACGCAGCUGGAUGAAUUUCCGUGGACGGCACUGAUCGAGUACCAGAAACCGGGCGGCCAAUACGGUUUCCACUGUGGCGGUUCGCUGAUCAACCAGCGUUACAUCGUGACGGCAGCCCAUUGCAUUAACGCCGUUCCUCGUACCUGGAAGCCGUACCGUGUUCGGCUGGGUGAGUGGGAUCUGGGAUCGUCGACUGAUUGUGAGGCUGACUUCUGUGCCCCCUCGCCGAUUGAUUUGGACAUCGAGCAGAUCAUUGUUCAUCCCGCGUAUGACAGCAGGGAUGCUGCCAACCUGAACGAUAUCGCCCUGAUCCGGUUCAAGCGCAACGUGCAGUACUCGGACGUGAUCCGGCCUAUCUGUCUGCCGCUUUCGACGUCGAUUCGGAACCGAAACUAUGUCGGGUUAUCGAGCUAUGCUGCCGGUUGGGGUAAAACGGAGACGGCUUCGGCCAGUGACAAGAAGCUGAAAGUAGAAUUGCACAUCACGGGUCUGAACGAUUGCGCUCAAGUGUACUCGCGCGGUGGCAUAUACUUACAGUCAUCCCAGAUGUGUGCCGGAGGGGUGCGCGGUAAGGAUACGUGCAGCGGAGACUCCGGUGGACCACUGAUGCGACAGAUCUCGGGCAACUGGUACCUGUACGGUGUGGUCAGCUUUGGACCGCAAAAGUGCGGCACGGCGGGAGUUCCCGGUGUGUACACCAACGUUCUGGAGUACACGGAUUGGAUUCGGAACAACAUCUCUUAGAUUUAGUGACCUACUAACGACACGUCAACAGUGCCUCUAAUAGAUUGUAGCACGCGAGCAUUGGUUUAAGCAAUAAAAUGGUUUAAACUAUACAUGUCAUUCAAGCUG